GCACGUACACGUAACCUGCAUGUGUUUGUGUGGGGUGGAGGAGAGGCGACUACUCAAAGUCUGAGCAAGCACCACCGCCUAUCUACCUAGAAACGCCUACGCUGGAACAGCAAGACCGUAUAUAUAUUUCUGGGUCACUUGAACUCCAAGGCAGCUGAUGAUGAAGCGAAUCCGCGUCCCGAGCACCAGUGAUGACUCCGACAAUGGAAGUAACUCCACAUCCUGGUCUCAGCACUCCAACUGUAAACACAGGAAACAGAAUGGGAAGAGACCGUCGGAGGUGUUUAGGACAGACCUGAUCACCGCUAUGAAGCUGCAUGACACACACCAGCUGAAUCCUGAAGAUUAUUAUGAGUUAGCCGAUUCCUGGAGGCAGGAGUGGGAGAAAGGGGUUCAGGUCCCCGUUAGUCCCGAAUCCAUUCCACAAUCUACUGUGCGCACUGUAGCUGAGAAAUGUCCUGCUGCUUUGUUCAUUAGACCAAAGAAGCUUGUUCGCUUAUCUGAGUCAUCAGUGCUGGGAUAUGUUGGUAUUCAAACGCUAGCUGAUGGCAUGUGUCGAUAUGACCUGAAUGAGGAGGACGUAGCUUGGCUGCAGACCACUAAUGAGCAGUUUAGUAUGAUGGGCGUGCAACCCCUGGAUGAGCUGACAAUGGAGCGGGUCAUGGAGGAGUUUGAACGGCGUUGCUAUGACAACAUGAACCACGCUAUGGAGACUGAGGAGGGGCUUGGCAUAGAGUAUGACGAGGACGUGGUGUGUGAUGUAUGUCAGUCACCUGACGGCGAGGAUGGCAAUGAGAUGGUGUUCUGUGACAAGUGCAACAUAUGUGUGCACCAGGCGUGUUAUGGUAUACUGAAGGUACCUGAAGGCAGCUGGCUUUGCCGUACAUGUGCACUGGGAAUCUUUCCCAAAUGCCAUCUGUGCCCUAAGAAGGGCGGAGCCAUGAAACCCACCCGCAGCGGCACCAAGUGGAUCCACGUCAGCUGUGCCCUCUGGAUACCAGAAGUAAGCAUUGGUAACCCUGAGAAGAUGGAGCCAAUCACUAAUGUGUCUCAUAUACCUAGCAACAGAUGGGCUCUCAUUUGCUGUCUGUGUAAAGAGAAAACAGGAGCUUGUAUACAGUGUACUGCCAAAAGUUGCAGAGUGGCUUUCCAUGUGACGUGUGGACUGCAUUGUGGCUUGAAGAUGAACACAAUCCUAACAGAGGCUGAUGAAGUCAAGUUCAAGUCCUUUUGUCCCAAGCACUCUGGCAUGGACUGGAAUGAGGAAGAGGGGGAUGAGGAGAAACCAGUGACAGAGGAGAGAUGUAGAAAUCUUGGAGUAGAUUUCUCUCCUUCCUCUGAGCCGCGACCCACAUGUAACACUGAAGAGAAGAGACUCAGCGAGCGCAAGCUUCGAGUCCAGCAGCUUGAAGAUGAAUUCUAUCGCUUUGUCGCCGCUGACGAAGUUGCAGAGCACUUACAGUUGCCCCUGGAGAUGGUGGACUUCCUGUUCCAAUAUUGGAAGUUGAAAAGGAAGGUAAACUUUAACAAGCCACUCAUCAUGCCAAAGAAAGAGGAAGAAGACAGCCUUGCCCGGCGGGAACAGGAAGUACUGUUGCGUCGGCUCUGCCUCUUUACUCAUUUACGACAAGAUCUUGAGCGGGUACGUAACUUGACAUACAUGGUCAGCCGUCGAGAGAGGAUAAAACGAACCAUGUGCCGAGUGCAGGAGCAGAUCUUUCAUCAUCAUAUCAGGCUGCUUGAGCAGGGACUCGUUGCUGGUAUAUCCUCAACUAGACAUUUGGAGAAGGCUAUGUUUUACUUUCGCACAGCACCUCCCGUGCCUCCAUCCCCCCAACCUUUGAAAGGUCACUGUGGGCAAAACAGUGCUCUAAGCUCCACUGUUCAGAAUCACGAGAAGGGGAGCAACCAUUACAGAGCUUCAAAGAAUAUAGGAGCAGACAAGCCUGCAAAGAUGCCCAGACCGGAGAGCUUGGUCAUGGAGAACAGCUUCAGUUCUGAGGAGGUUAUUGAUUCAGGUUCUAGAGGGUGUAAGCUCCAGAGAAAUCAGGCCACAGCAGCUUCAUCUACAGUGAAACGUUAUGAGAGUAGGCUGAGAGGAAGUGUGGUCAUUGAGUCUCAUAGAGAAGAUGAUGAGACCGAACACCCCCUAGAGGACAGGAAGAGGAGGAGGAGGAGGAGGAGGAGGAGCAGCAGCAGCAAGCUCUGGGAACAGGUGUCAGUGAAAGACAAACUAAAACGGUCAAAGUGUAUGGAUGAUAGCGUGAAGAAUAAGAUGGAGGAAAACAGCAUGGAUAACAGAUUGCUGAUGUCUCUCAACAAAACUACUGGCACUGCUACUAUUGGUGUCAAUACGCCAACCACAUAUAAUGGAUCACUAAGAAAGACAAGCCAACAUCAGGGAAAACAGGUGCCAUCUGGAACAACCAGGAGGCAUCUGAAUAACUGGGGUAGUUUCAGGAUUCCCAAAAGGAGUGAGAGAACAACAGGGGAUAAAGAUGGGCAGGAAGGAAGUGAUAUGGCAGACCAAAAUUCUUCCCUAAUAAAAACCUAUAAUACAAAUCCUACUUCCUCCUCCUCUCCAAUCAGGACCCGGCUGCGUACAGGAAGUGAGAACCGAAGCCAUAUGGAAGAAUCUGAUCUUGGCCAAUCAGAGCAGGGCAAGAGGUGUCACGCCCAAAGACUUCGAAGUCAUGAUUCAAUGACUAGACGUUACGGUUCCAAUGUAAUUCAACGUGGAGUUCUUGCAUCAUGAAACUUAAAU